AUGUCCUGUGUUAUUGGACUCAGGUCUUUUUCAUCGCUCACACUCCUUGUCUACGAUUUAUGCAUGAACGUCUUUCUUAAUUCGAUGUUCCUCUGGCCACUACUUCGUUCCAAGCUCAUUAACCCCCGGCUACGCAAGGUUGCCCUGCGAACCCUCGUUGCUGCAGGAGCUGCGCUUGCAACUUCAAUUAUUAACAUUGCUACCCUCACUGCCAUGGGGCAUCAGCUUGGCUGGGUUGCUCUUAACGGCAUAGUAAUCUUCUGGGUAACUAUGCCUAUGACAGAUUCCCCAGCCCAGUCCGCCCGAGGUCAAGGUCAACAGUCUUCGUCACACAAGGCUGGUUCUGAUCUUCCUCAGAGUCCAGCAACGGCCAAUUCUCCUGUUGUGUUUGCACAUCCAGCAGCAUACGUGCCUCGCGCUUCAUUCAGUGCUAUACAGUUGAAUAAGCCAUCCAAUGUAUUGCACCAACCAUCUCCUCGGGCACACGAUCUUCGAAAUGCAUCCGUACUCCGGGCACUUCCGGAGUCUCCUCUCGUUCCCACCGUUCCAACAUCAUCCAACGAAAAUAUUUCAACGCCCUCCUCUGUCGUCCUGACUGAAGAUUCGGAUAAGCGGGCUGCCUCACAGGAGCCUACUUCACAGGGACCAAUCCACUCGUUGAGAAAACUGUUUUGGCUGUCGAAACAGAAAGAAAAGGACACAACGGAUAUGACUGUGCAUGUAUCUGUGGUAACUCAGCAUGAAGUCGAGCUGAACGAUCUGGAGGGGGGUCGAGCCAAGCAGGAUGAUGGCGAGAGUAUCGAACAAAGCAAACAGCAGAGUGAAUGGUUCAGGUAG